AUGCUCGCUCGCUGUCGACUUAGGCCCCGUCCCCUCCUCCGCUCACUCCACUCGACCCCGAGCAGAAAACGCCAACUAUUCGACCCUCACAGCGUCGAACGCCCCACAGACGAUGUCGACGUUUGUAUCGUCGGCGCAGGUCCCGCAGGCCUCAGUGCUGCCAUCCGCCUCAAACAGCUUGAACAGCAGCAAGGUCGCCAAAUCCGCGUCGUAGUCCUUGAGAAGGGCGCAGAAGUCGGUUCACAUAUCCUAUCCGGCGCCGUCAUCGAGCCCCGCGCUCUCAACGAGCUCCUUCCUGACUGGCAAUCCCGCAAUGACCAUCCCCUCAAACAGCCCUCUACCUCCGUCACCAUGCGUUUCCUCACUCAGAACUCCUCCUUCCGCAUCCCCCAGCCUCCCCAAAUGGCAAAACUCGGCACCUACGUCGUCUCCCUUUCCCAGGUCACCGCAUGGCUCGGUGCCAUUGCCGAGGAACUCGGCGUCGAGGUCUAUCCUGGCUUUGCUGCAGCAGGCCUCGUCUAUGACAACGACGGCCGCAGCAUCCGAGGCGUCCGCACCAACGAGGUCGGACUCGACCGUCAUGGCCGCAUGAAGGACUCCUUUGAGCCCGGCAUGGAGUUCCGCGCUCGCGUCACCCUCCUCGCAGAAGGCGCGCACGGCUCUCUUUCCAAGGAGGCCAUCAGACGCUUCAAGCUACGUCAGGGUCGUGAUCCACAGACCUACGGCCUCGGUCUCAAGGAGGUCUGGCGCGUCGAUCCCGUCAAACACGAACCCGGUAAGGUCGUCCACACCAUCGGCUGGCCCCUCGACACCCGCACCUACGGUGGCGCAUGGGUCUAUCACAUGGCCGACGGUCUCGUAUCCCUCGGCAUCGUCGUCGGACUCGACUACCAGAACCCGUACCUCAGUCCCUAUAGAGAGCUCCAGCGCUUGAAGCAUCAUCCCUACUUCCGCGACCUUCUCUCAGGGGACUCCACACGCAUAGCCUACGGUGCCCGAGUGCUCAAUGAGGGCGGGCUCCAGGCCGUUCCGAGGCUCGACUUCCCCGGCGGCGCCCUCAUUGGCUGUUCCGCCGGUUUCGUGAACGUCGCCAAGAUCAAGGGAACACACAACGCGAUGAAGAGCGGAAUGCUGGCUGCAGAGGCGGCUUACGACGCGCUCGCGACAGAGGACGCUUCCCAGGAUAAGCCAACAGAUAUGAGCGCGUACGAUGAGGCACUUCGCAAGUCAUGGGUUUACGAUGAUCUUCACGAAGUUCGUAAUGUCCGCCCGUCCUUCAACACUGCCCUUGGCCUCUGGGGCGGCAUCGCCUACUCCGGCAUCGAUACCUUGUUCCUCAAGGGUCGCACUCCUUGGACUUUCCGCAACACGUCCGGCAAGGGCGAUGCCGCCCAUACCCUCACUUCAAGAGAGUGUGAGCCUAUCAAAUACCCGCCUUUCGAGCCUCCGCUUUCCACCGAUCUCUUGACCAGCGUCGCCCUCACUGGCACGAACCAUGCGGAGGAUCAGCCAGUUCACUUACGCGUUCGGAAGUACCUCGCCCAAGGCGAAGACGUGGGAGUCGAAGGCAGUGACCCGUCGAAAGGUCUGCAGACUGAGAAGUGGAUAGAAGACGCCAAUGUCCGGAAGGAGCACGUACGCGUGAACGUCGACGAGUACGCCGGGUUGCUCGGUAGAGGCUGUCCGGCACAGGUUUACGAGUACGUUGAAGACGAAAACGCUGACCGUGCCACGGAACCCGAAGCCGCUGGAUGGCAAGGCAAGAAGCUUGUCAUCAACUCGCAGAAUUGUAUUCACUGCAAGUUCUGUGAUGUGAAAGUGCCAACACAGGACAUCACAUGGACGGUCCCCGAGGGUGGCGGAGGCCCGAAGUACACUGUCACGUAGACUUCACUCUCGUGUGCGCACUUCCCCUUGUGGAUCUCUUUCGAACCGCGUCUCACCAUCAACGUCAUCCAUCUAUUUCACCGCCCCGUCCUUAACUAGCAGCAGAGCUUAGCAUACAGAUGUGGUUACUUAACGGACCGUUGGAAAGGACCUCGCGCAUCAUCUACACGCUCUCUUCAUGUAUCAUAGUCGUGCGUACUUGAACACGCUGCUUUGUUCCGCACGCGGUUUCCGCUUGUUGUUCUACAGUUCUCAUUGCAUCCAGCUGGCCAUUCCUCCCUCUUGGUUCGUACCUCCUCAGCUUCGAUGUUGGACAGCAAGUGCUUCGCGGCGAACUGUCUACGGUGCUGAACAUCCGAGGUGCCUUCUGCAAUGUGUCCGUCUCGCGAGUAAUAUCCGAGAUGCU